GCAAAUGUCAUGAAGCAAGUAUUGAACAUUCUCCAGGACUCCACGAUUGCGUCGAAGAUCGGAAAGGACAAACAGUCUAGUUUCUGGGGGGUGUACAAACGAGUCGCAGAGGAACAUGACGAUGAGUUCCUUGAGCGAUACACUACUGACAUGGACAUUGUCUUGAUCUUCUCUGGUCUUUUCUCGGCUAUCAGCGCGGCUUUCAUCGUCGCGAUGGAGUCUAAUUUCAGUCCCGACCUCAGCGACAUCACGAAUUCCCUUUUGAAACGGCAUCAUCGAGUCUGAAGGCGUCAUUCCAGAUUAUAUUGAUGGAAUUUGUGUCACUGAUGCGAAAACCCUGCAGAUCGCCCGUCGAGUCUUUCUCGAACAAAACUUAAAGCUUGUCGGUGCUGUGCAUCAAAUCAAUCAUCAGCACUUUCCACUUCCCUCGCAUCAAGAUUCCUACCAUGUUUGCUGCAAUGAUUUCCUGCCCUGCCAGGCUAUGGCUUUUAUACUGUCUUAUCAUUCAUCUUCGUGAGUCACUUCCGUUUGAUCUCAUUCAUUCCAUACUUAGCCACAAAAUCUUGCAAGGUGCCAUCCCUCCACUCGUUGGUGGUACACCAUCCUCGUCACCAUCGUUUUCGCCCUCGCUACUAGCCUCUCCAUCACCAAUAACCUUCACCUCAUCUCCAAAGUCAAGAUCAUGAUCGACUUCAAUUCAGCAGCCUUGCCGCUGUCUUCAUCUUCCUCUUUGUCAU